UCACGCAGCCAUUGCCCCACGCUGGUGUUUUCCAUCUGUGCGUCACCCCCUGGAGACACCUACACACAUAAGGAGGGAGUUGGCCGGGGCACCCCAGCACACACACUGGCCUAACUCCAAGGAGGCACCUCAUCUCUUCUGGAGCCCCUUCCCACAGGCAAGGGGAUUCAGAGGGAGCGUGUUGGCCUGGCCGCCUUCAGGCUUCCAGAGUCCCAAGUGACUUUCCUUGAUGUCCUUCUCUCCAUCCUCUGCACAGAGGCAGCCUUCCCUCUUCUUAUCCCUGCCACGGGGUUUGGGAGGGGGAGCCUCAAACUCUGACAGGGAGGAGUCGGAGUCCCCAGCUAAAAUUCUCUGGGUCUAGAAACAGGUGUAAAGCGAUUCUGGGGAUGUGAUUUGGGGGAAAAGCACACUUUCCACACACAGGCGGUCAGGAAAGGAGCGGGGAGGGGAGAGUGGGGCACAGGCAGCCCCUCCCGUCUAUGCGCCUGUGUGCAAAGUGGCACAAUGCCCCCCUUCCUAUUGGCAGUGCAGCCCCUGGCCAGCAACCACUCGCACCUGGGCUGGGGGCCUUUGUGUAGGGCACACCUGUGCAGCCACACCUACUUGUAGAGCCUCAUAGACUCAGCUGUGGACAAAAGCCUCACGCCCCAAACAGGGAAAUGGGAUCUCAAGGGGAAGAAGCUGGGGAGGCCUCACACCCUGCCCCCAUUUCCUCCUAUGUGGGGGAGGGGAGCAGCACAAACUCCUGAAGACUUGGGAGUCAGCAGCUUCUGCGGAAGGGGUGGGGCUGAGGGUGGAGAGAGGAAGGGAAGGAAGAAAAGGGGAGCCUUCCUGGCCAGGGUAACCGGCACUAAGAGGCCUCACCCCAAGCCCCCGAGGAGCCUGCGGUGGGGCUGGAGACCCGGCUCAGGCCCCUCCACCACCCUUAAAGUCCUCAGAAGGUGGGAACUGAACUGGCACAGGCUGGGAACCGGCUGUGCGCUGGCCACUUGAUUUUGCCAGCUGCCCUGUAAUUCAGCUGGUGAGGAAACUGAGGCACAGACUGAGGUAGAAUGAUUCGCCGGUCACUCAGCAAGUCAGCAGAUGGGGAGGACUGAAUCCCAGCCUGAGAGCACCGAAGCUUGUAUCCCUGCAAUACCGAGCCCCAAGCCUGCGGGCCCCGGUGCCCAUCUCUGAGUUGGGCCGUCUUGGAAGGGUUCCCUUCCUCCUACAAGAUGGUGUGUGAGGAGCCUUCAAUACGACCCGGGGUGUAAAGUGCCCAACUCUAGUAGGGGCUUGAUGGCAUCCCCGCCGAGUCCCAGGAGAGAGAGAGAAGACCCCUUCCUGGAGUCCAGGGCUCCCAGGAAGAAACACUGGCAUUUGUCCCUUUGCUUCGGCUUCUGGAGGCAGAGACUCUGAGCCCAGGGAGAGCCUUCUGCAGCCCCAUUUCCUCAAAAAUCCAACCUGCCCAGGUGGCGGGUCAUGAGCUGUGCUCAGGAAGCUGGAAUCUGACCCUGGUGGCGUCGGGCCCGGUCUCCAUGGCAGCCGAGCAUUUAUUACCCGGGCCUCCACCCAGCUUGGCAGACUUUGGACUUGAGGCUGGAGGAAAGGGAACUGAGCGCGGUUCUGGGAGCAGCAAGCCCACGGGUAGCAGCCGAGGCCCCAGAAUGGCCAAGUUUCUUUCCCAAGACCAAAUUAAUGAGUACAAGGAAUGCUUCUCCCUGUAUGACAAGCAGCAGAGGGGGAAGAUAAAAGCCACCGACCUCAUGGUGGCCAUGAGGUGCCUGGGGGCCAGCCCGACGCCAGGGGAGGUGCAGCGGCACCUGCAGACCCACGGGAUAGAUGGAAAUGGAGAGCUGGAUUUCUCCACUUUUCUGACCAUUAUGCACAUGCAAAUAAAACAAGAAGACCCAAAGAAAGAAAUUCUUCUAGCCAUGUUGAUGGCGGACAAGGAGAAGAAAGGUUACAUCAUGGCGUCCGACCUGCGGUCAAAACUCAUGAGUCUGGGGGAGAAGCUCACCCACAAGGAAGUGGAUGAUCUCUUCAGGGAAGCAGAUAUUGAACCCAAUGGCAAAGUGAAGUAUGAUGAAUUUAUCCACAAGAUCACCCUUCCUGGACGGGACUAUUGAAGGAGGAGAAUGCGAGAGCCUCCCCUGGGCCUGAAAACUUGGAGCGAUUAAUUUUUUUUUAAAAUGUGUUCUUUUCACUUGGGAGAGAUGGCAAACACAGUGGCAAGACAACAUUACCCAACUAUAGAAGAGAGGCUAACUAGCAACAGUAAUAGAUGAUUUCAGCCAUGGUAUGAGUAGAUCUUUAAUAAAAGAUUUGUAUUGAUUUUAUUAA